UGAGGUGCUGUUUCUAGCGCUCGUAUUGUAGUUGACGGUUUGUCUUCAGAGACGCACGUUUCGUUUUCAGUUUACUUGAUACAACGUACUCUCCAUCGGGUAUUUUCAUGGGUGUGUCCCUGGAGGUCUACCGUUGUCGAAUUGGAUGUUUCGCUCCUAUUGCUCAUCUCCUAUCCACUUCAGUGUCUGAGAAAGUACAGCUCGGCCACACAACCAGCAGGAAUAGGAACGUGAAUGCUCAUACCGCUCCUAAACGUGUGAGAUGUCUUUUCAGCUGUUGCUUCUGUCUCACACUGGCCGCCAUUUUGAUACUACGUUGUGGUGACGUUCACCCACAUCCGGGUCCUCCCACACGUCCUGAAGAGGACGUCCAUUCUACAGUCGACCUCAGCACAGUUCGAGACUGCUCUUCUGGUACUUCCGAUGAUGUGAGUGUUUUAGAGGAUUUGUGUACUCUAUCCUCCCAAGCUGCGUCAAGCAGUGGUGUUUUGCCACAGUGUCCACUUUGUGCUUCUUCCUUCAGAGACAUUGGGUCCCUGUGGCAACAUAUAAAUGCUAGUCAUAUUAGUCGCCAUUUAUUUCCAAGCAGAGCUUUUCUUCAGGGUCAUAAUCGUCGUCUUUGCUGUGAUUGUGGAUUUGCCUAUUCAAAGAGAUUUCAGUGUUGCAGACGUUCUUUGGGAUCAGGAAAUCGCUGUCGUGGCUUGAUGGAGGACCCUGUUUCUUCAUUAUGGCUGAAUGGACAAUCAGACCAAGAUUCACUUUCUUCCUCCUGUGAGAAUUCUCAUAGUGAUCUCCACCAUGACACACACCUGUCAGCUUCUAAUAGGCCUGACCCUUCUUGUGUGGCUUCUUGUCCUGCUGACUUGGAUUUGGUAUUAGAGGGAGUUCAUGCUGCCUCUAUGUUGUCUCCUCCCACGCAAGAUGAAUCUUUAGUAUUCACGUCAGUAAUGGAUGAAAUUGCUUCAUUACGUGUUCAGACAGUUAAGCAUGUGCCACGUUCGACUCGUCCAUUACUUGCUGAAGUUCUUUCUGGUGAAUUCUUACGUGCCUGUGAAAAUGGUAUUUGGGGUUUUGUUCGGCUGUUCAUGUUUGCAAAAGCUGUGUUACGCGUUCCUCCUCGGGGAGGCAGAAAGAAGCGUUUGGUCAUUAAGCAGCUGUUGUUAUCUCGCCUGCGUCAAUGGCAGCAGGGUAACUUGGUCGCACUGUGGACAGCAGCCAGGCAGGAGUGUCAGUCCCGGUCAACCCGUCAAUCAGUCUCUAUUGCCAAAAGUAAUGCUCGUCGUUCACUGAAUUUGGCACGCGAGGGUAGGUUUGGUGAUGCUAUGAAAGUGUUGGGCUCUUGUGGUUGUGCUUCUCGUGAUGACCCAAUGGUGCUAGAUGAACUUAAAUCACGUCACCCAGAACAUGCUUUACCUGAAUGGUCCGAUGAUAUUCCACCUCCAUUAGUUGUGGAUUCUCUUGCAGUUUUAUCAGCCUUAGAAAGUUUUCCCAGAGGUUCCAGUCCUGGUUUUUCUCAGCUUCGGGCUCAACAUCUUUUAGAUAUUAUGAAAGGAGCAUAUGUCCCAGAUGCUCAGUUGUGCCUUGCAAAUCUUUCAAGAUUCAUGACAAAGCUUUUGGCGGGUAAGUGUGAUCCAAGAAUCGCACCUUGGUUGUCUGGAGCACCACUGACUGCCCUCUUAAAGAAAUCAGGAGGUUUUCGGCCAAUUGCAGUUGGAGAAGUACUCCGGCGCCUGGCAAGUAAACUCUGUUGUGCUUCUGUGAAAGACCGCCUUCCAGACGUCUUUUUGCCAACUGGCCAAGUAGGAGUGGGUAUUAGAAGUGGUAUGGAAUCAGCUAUUCACACCACACAAUCGUUUCUUGAUGCUAACUGGGAUAAAGAAGACUUCUGUUGCUUGAAAAUUGACAUGACUAAUGCUUUUAAUGAGUGCUCCAGACCAGCCUUUCUUUCACGUUUGCGGAGAGAAUUUCCAGAAUUAUUUGCAUGGGCUCAGUGGUCCUACCACGUACCUAGUGAGAUGCGUUACGGUAGGCAUCAAAUCUUAUCUACAGCUGGUGUCCAACAGGGAGAUCCCUUGAGCCCUCUUCUGUUCUCACUUGUGAUUCUGGAAUUAUUGGAUUCUAUUGGCGCUAUUUCGAACCUACACCUUCAAAUUUGGUAUUUGGAUGAUGGGACAUUUUUCGGCUCGAGAGAGUCUGUAUCUUCUUUAUUACAAAGUGUUUCGGAAAAGGGUCCCAGUUAUGGCUUACAUGUCAACUUAAAUAAAUGUGAACUAUACUGGCCGUCUGGAGACCAAGCUUUUCCCUUGUUUCCCAGUCAAGUCAGACGUUUGUCAGAAGGGGUUGAGUUGCUAGGAUCACCAGUCCAUGGCUCUGUAGACUUUUUCAGAUCAUCUAUAUCCAAACGUGUUGAUAAAGUCUUGGAGUCUCAAACGCUUCUGAGUAACCUUGAGGAUCCACAAGUUGAAUUGCAUUUGCUACGGAGCUGUCAGAGUAUCUGUAAAAUCAAUCAUUUGUUACGUACUGUGACUCCUGCUUUGUUGACAGACCAAUUACGCCGUUUCGAUGUCGGCUUACGUCGAUCUUUGGAAAUCAUCUGUCGAUCCUCCAUUACAGACACAGCAUGGUUGCAGGCUACACUACCUGUACGACUUGGGGGUCUCGGUUUGAGAGAAGCAGUCAAGUCUGCACCAGCUGCAUACGUGGGGAGUUGUAAUUCCACAAAAUUGUUAGUCCAAGAUUUCCUUAGGAAAGCUUGUAAUUCUCUGGCCUCAACAAACGUACACGUUCCGACUUCACUGCUAUUGGAAGAAUCUGAAAGUUAUCUUCAGAGUUGUUCCUUUCUGAAAAACGAACACAGUCAUUUGCUUCUAGAUUUCAACAACUCGACUCAACGACAAAUUCAAUCAAAACUCGAUGCUGAUUUAUUCAAUUGUUUAUUGAACAAUGCCAGCUUGAGAGACAGAGCUCGUUUAAAUUCCAUCAGUACACCCCAUGCGGGAGCGUGGUUGAGGGCAAUACCAAACCCUAAUCUCGGCCUUUCCAUGCUUUCUCAUGAGUUUGUCAUUUCUAUACGGCUCUGGUUAGGGAUUAAGAUGUUUCCCUCUCCUCCAACUUCGAUCCUGUGCACUUGUCGUCAACACAUCGAUCCUUUUGGAGAUCACCUCAUCAGCUGUGGUACAGGUCCAGAACGCACCAGAAGACACAACGCAUUGGCAGAAGUCAUUUUCCAGGCGUUAUUAGUUGAGAAUAAAGACGUGGUAAAGGAAGUGAGAUGCAGUGGUAGUGACGAAAGUCGUCCAGGUGAUGUUUUUCAUCCUGACUUUUUAGAGGGCAAACCAGCUUAUUUCGACAUAACAGUCAGAAACUCAUUGCAGCCAUUGUACGUGACAAAAGCAGCAGUAAGGGCUGGGGCAGCAGCUGAAGCAGGUGAAGAACAGAAGGACACACGUCACGAAGCAAACGUUCUGGCAACAGGUGGUCUUUUUUACCCCUUGGUAUUGGAAACAUUGGGUUUCUGGUCUCCGUUCAGCAUUAAAACGUUAAAAGCUAUUGCAUCUAAAACUUCAGCUGUCAGCGGAAUUCGAUUCCAUCAAGCUUUCCAGAAUUUGACGCAACAACUUUCGGUACAGUUGUGGAAAUACAAUGCAAGGAUGUUGUUCAGAAGAAUUCAACUUGAAGUACAGGACAUUGAUAGUUGGGAUAUACCCACCGUAGCGUAGUGUAGAAUUUGGUAGUUAGUUCUGUUUAAAUGUAAA